AUGAGACAGCAUUGCAGUUUCGCGGUAAGGGAGCACGAGACAGCAUUGCACCUGCGCGGUAAGGGAGCACAUGAGACAGCAUUACGCCUGCGCGGUAAGGAAGCACAUGAGACAGCAUUACGCCUGUGCGGUAAGGAAGCACAUGAGACUGCAUUACGCCUGCGCGGUAAGGGAGCACAUGAGACAGCAUUACGCCUGCGCGGUAAGGAAGCACAUGAGACAUCAUUACGCCUGUGCGGUAAGGAAGCACAUGAGACUGCAUUACGCCUGGGCGGUAAGGAAGCACAUGAGACAGCAUUACGCCUGCUCGGUAAGGGAGCACAUGAGACAGCAUUACGCCUGCGCGGUAAGGAAGCACAUGAGACAGCAUUACGCCUGUGCGGUAAGGAAGCACAUGAGACUGCAUUACGCCUGGGCGGUAAGGAAGCACAUGAGACAGCAUUACGCCUGCGCGGUAAGGAAGCACAUGAGACAGCAUUACGCCUGCGCGGUAAGGGAGCACAUGAGACAGCAUUACGCCUGGGCGGUAAGGAAGCAUAUGAGACAGCAUAA